GCCUAUCUAUCCAUUCCAACCAAACCUAGCAGGCGUCAGGCAGCUACCUUCCUCCCUCCCUCUCACCACUUCCCUUCCUCCUUUCUGUUACUUUCCUUCCUUGUUCCCACCAGCGGAAGAUUUCCAGAAGGAAAACAAUAUUUGACAGCGAUGGCCGAGGGGAAGCAGCAGGGAUUGGUGUUGACCCCGGCUCAGAAUCCGAUUCAAUCCUUCCAACUCAAGUACAAAGAACUGGAGGCCGGCUUCAAAUCUUGGCUCUCCCAGCAGUCUAUGCCCGUCGAAGCCGCCAUCGUCACCGCCACCAGCGCCAUCCAGGGCGGUGCCAUCGGCGGCCUCAUGGGUACCCUCACCGGCGACAUGGCAUCCCCUCUCUCCCCUCCUCCCCAGGCCUCCUUGAACCCUCAGGCCAUGGCUUCUUUCAAGCAAGCCCAGGCACUUGCAGGUGGUCCCUUGGCUCAAGCUCGGAAUUUCGCUGUCAUGACAGGUGCCAAUGCCGGUAUUGCCUGUAUCAUGAAAAGAGUGAGAGGCAAGGAGGAUGUCCAGACCAGUAUGGUAGCAGCAUUUGGUUCAGGAGCGUUGUUUUCAUUGGUGAGCGGGAUGGGUAGCCCAAACCCUGCUGCAAAUGCAAUCUCUUCUGGAUUCUUUUUUGCAAUUGUUCAGGGUGGCAUCUACCAGUUAGGACAGAGAUUUUCUCAACCUCCAGCUGAAGAUGAGUACUAUGCAAGAACCCGGUCCAUGCUAAGUAAGCUUGGCCUCCAGAACUACGAGAAGAAUUUCAAGAAGGGCUUGCUGAAUGACAACACUUUACCAUUGCUGAACGACAGUGCGCUUAGGGACGUGAGAAUCCCUCCCGGGCCACGGCUGAUGAUUCUUGAUCAUAUUCAGAGGGACCCAGAGUUGAAAGAGAGGAAGAUCCAUCGUGGGUGAGGCUUGGUAGAAUUCUGGGUGUGAAUUUGCUUGGAGUUUUAUGGUAGAGGCGCAGUUAGAUGUGGUACUUUGCUUUUGGUUAGAUGACUUUAUAUUGUAAUGGGUAAAGCUUGUUUUUUUUUUUUGAAUGGAUUUUACUACCCUGAUGGAGGUUGUUUGAAUGCUGGUGAUGAUGAUAUUGAGUUUGAGCAUAUGUGGAGCUUCUUUAUUUGUUGAUAAUAAGCAUUUCUGAGCCGCACUUUGAAAGAUGAAAUAAGAAAGUGAAGGAAUUCCUCGACAUUGGUUGCAAACAAUCAUCUUCAUAAUAUUAUAAAAGUGUAGAAACAGUUGGUCAAACAGAGGAGAAUACACUGGAUGAAACAGAGGAGAACAUAAUGAUUUUAGCUAGGUAGGCAGCUGCUGCUGGUCCAUGAGAGAGAGGAUGGGAGCGUGGUAACUGGUAAGCGCGGGCCUGAUUGACAGCCUCCGCCUCCAACUCAACCCAGCUGAGAGCAGAGCCUUUCCUCUGCCUCCACCGCCACUCUUAUCCGCCGCCAAGUUUGCUCAAGCUCCUUCCUCAUCAAUUCCUCUCUCUCCCUGCUCUCCUUGAGCGCCCUCUCUAGCUCCUCGUUUCUCCUCUGAAUCUGGUCCCCCGCCAUUCUUAGUUACACUAUUACUAAUGAUGAUGAGAGGCAAGGAGAACAAGAGGCUUUCUUUAGCAGGUCGUUCAAUCGAGAAGACUGAUAUGGAGGGAGCGAGGGAGGAAGAGGAUGAAUGAUUAAGGUCGUGGUUAUGGAAUGAAAUGGAAUGAAUGUA